GGCGCUACGAUGAGGAGGUGGUCAAGGAGCUGAUGCCGCUGGUGGUGGCCGUGCUGGAGAACCUGGACUCGGUGUUCGCGCAGGACCAGGAGCACCAGGUGGAGCUGGAGCUGCUGCGGGACGACAACGAGCAGCUCAUCACCCAGUACGAGCGGGAGAAGGCGCUGCGCAAGCACGCCGAGGAGAAAUUCAUUGAAUUUGAAGAUUCUCAAGAACAGGAAAAAAAGGACUUACAGACCCGAGUGGAAUCUUUAGAAUCUCAAACAAGACAACUUGAACUCAAAGCAAAAAACUAUGCUGACCAGAUUAGCAGACUUGAAGAAAGAGAAGCAGAACUGAAGAAGGAGUAUAAUGCAUUACAUCAAAGACACACUGAGAUGAUCCAUAAUUAUAUGGAACACUUAGAAAGAACAAAACUUCAUCAGCUCUCAGGGAGUGAUCAACUAGAAUCCACAGCUUACAGUAGAAUUAGAAAAGAACGCCCUAUAUCAUUAGGGAUUUUCCCAUUACCUGCUGGAGACGGGUUGCUUACACCUGACACUCAGAAAGGAGGAGAGACCCCUGGUUCAGAGCAAUGGAAAUUUCAGGAAUUAAGUCAACCACGUUCUCAUACCAGCCUGAAGGUCAGCAAUAGUCCUGCACCUCUGAAGGCUGUAGAACAGGAGGAUGAACUUUCUGAUGUUAGCCAAGGUGGCUCUAAAGCUACCACUCCAGCAUCAACAGCUAAUUCAGAUGUGGCAACAAUUCCUACUGAUACUCCCUUAAAGGAGGAUAAUGAGGGAUUCCUGAAGGUUACAGAUACACCAAACAAAUCUGAGAUAAGCAAGCACAUUGAAGUACAGGUAGCCCAAGAAACUAGAAAUGCAUCUACAGGCUCUGCCGAAAAUGAAGAGAAGUCAGAAGUUCAAGCUAUCAUUGAAUCUACUCCUGAGUUGGAUAUGGACAAAGAUCUCAGUGGAUAUAAAGGUUCAAGCACUCCCACCAAAGGCAUAGAGAACAAAGCUUUCGAUCGCAACACAGAAUCUCUCUUUGAAGAACUGUCUUCAGCUGGCUCAGGCCUAAUUGGAGAUGUGGAUGAAGGAGCAGAUUUACUAGGGGAAUAUUCUGGAAUGGGUCGUGAAGUUGAGAAUCUUAUAUUAGAAAAUACACAACUAUUGGAAACCAAAAAUGCUCUGAACGUUGUGAAGAAUGAUUUGAUUGCAAAGGUAGAUGAGCUGACCUGUGAGAAGGGUGUGCUGCAGGGGGAGCUGGAGGCUGUGAAACAGGCCAAACUGAAGCUGGAGGAAAAGAACAAGGAGCUGGAGGAGGAGCUGAGGAAAGCUCGUGCAGAAGCUGAAGAUGCGAGGCAAAAAGCAAAAGAUGAUGAUGAUAGUGAUAUUCCCACAGCCCAGAGGAAGCGGUUUACUAGAGUAGAAAUGGCCCGUGUUCUCAUGGAGAGAAACCAGUACAAAGAGAGAUUGAUGGAGCUUCAAGAAGCUGUUCGAUGGACAGAGAUGAUUCGGGCAUCACGAGAAAAUCCAGCCAUGCAAGAAAAAAAAAGGUCAAGCAUUUGGCAGUUUUUUAGCAGACUUUUCAGCUCUUCAAGUAAUACGACUAAGAAGCCUGAACCACCUGUUAACCUAAAGUACAAUGCACCCACUUCUCAUGUUACUCCUUCUGUCAAGAAAAGAAGCAGCACCUUAUCUCAGCUCCCUGGGGAUAAAUCCAAAGCCUUUGAUUUCCUUAGCGAAGAAACUGAAGCAAGUUUAGCCUCACGUAGAGAACAAAAGAGAGAACAGUAUCGCCAGGUAAAAGCACAUGUUCAGAAGGAAGAUGGUAGAGUACAGGCUUUUGGCUGGAGUCUGCCUCAGAAGUACAAACAGGUAACCAAUGGCCAAGGUGAAAAUAAGAUGAAAAAUCUACCUGUGCCUGUCUAUCUCAGACCUCUAGAUGAAAAAGAUGCAUCCAUGAAGCUGUGGUGUGCUGUUGGAGUCAAUUUAUCUGGUGGGAAGACCAGAGACGGCGGCUCUGUUGUUGGAGCAAGCGUGUUUUACAAGGAUGUUGCUGGCUUGGAUACAGAAGGCAGUAAGCAGCGAAGUGCAUCUCAGAGUAGUUUAGAUAAGUUAGAUCAGGAGCUUAAGGAACAGCAGAAAGAGUUAAAAAAUCAGGAAGAGUUAUCCAGUCUAGUUUGGAUCUGCACCAGCACUCACUCGGCUACAAAAGUUAUCAUCAUUGAUGCUGUGCAGCCAGGCAACAUCCUAGACAGUUUCACUGUCUGCAACUCGCAUGUUCUGUGCAUUGCAAGUGUACCAGGUGCAAGAGAAACAGACUACCCUGCUGGAGAAGAUCUUUCAGAAUCUGGCCAAGUAGACAAAGCUUCUUUAUGUGGAAGCAUGACAAGCAACAGCUCAGCAGAGACAGACAGCCUGUUGGGAGGCAUCACAGUGGUGGGUUGUUCUGCAGAAGGUGUGACAGGAGCUGCCACUUCUCCCAGUACCAAUGGUGCUUCUCCGGUGAUAGAAAAGCCACCAGAAAUGGAAGCAGAAAGUAGUGAGGUUGAUGAAAACGUUCCAACAGCAGAAGAAGCAACUGAAGCCACUGAAGGCAACGCAGGGUCAACGGAAGACACCGUGGACAUAUCCCAAGCUGGCGUGUACACAGAGCAUGUCUUCACAGAUCCUUUGGGGGUGCAGAUCCCAGAAGACCUCUCCCCAGUGUAUCAGUCAAGCAAUGACUCAGAUGCGCAUAAAGAUCAGAUCUCCUUACUACCAAAUGAACAAGACCUGGUGAGAGAAGAAGCCCAGAAAAUGAGUAGUCUUUUACCAACUAUGUGGCUUGGAGCUCAAAAUGGCUGUUUGUAUGUCCACUCAUCUGUAGCCCAGUGGAGGAAAUGUCUCCAUUCCAUUAAGCUUAAAGAUUCGAUUCUCAGUGUCGUACACGUGAAAGGCAUCGUUUUAGUGGCCCUGGCUGAUGGCACCCUUGCAAUCUUUCACAGAGGAGUGGAUGGGCAGUGGGACUUGUCAAACUAUCACCUCUUAGACCUUGGACGGCCUCAUCAUUCCAUCCGAUGCAUGACUGUGGUACAUGACAAAGUCUGGUGUGGCUAUAGGAACAAGAUCUAUGUGGUUCAGCCAAAGGCCAUGAAAAUAGAGAAAUCGUUUGAUGCACACCCUCGGAAGGAGAGCCAAGUGCGACAACUUGCGUGGGUGGGUGACGGUGUGUGGGUCUCCAUUCGCUUGGAUUCCACACUCCGUCUUUAUCAUGCACACACUUAUCAACAUCUGCAGGAUGUGGACAUUGAGCCUUACGUAAGCAAAAUGUUAGGUACUGGAAAACUGGGCUUCUCUUUUGUGAGGAUCACAGCUCUUAUGGUGUCUUGCAAUCGUUUGUGGGUGGGGACAGGAAAUGGUGUCAUUAUCUCCAUCCCGUUGACAGAAACCGUAAUCCUCCACCAGGGACGUUUACUGGGGCUGAGGGCAAAUAAAACCUCAGGAGCACCAGGAAACCGUCCUGGAAGUGUAAUCCGUGUCUAUGGUGAUGAAAACAGUGAUAAAGUGACCCCGGGAACAUUUAUACCCUAUUGUUCAAUGGCACAUGCACAGCUUUGCUUCCAUGGGCACCGUGAUGCUGUGAAAUUCUUCGUGGCAGUCCCAGGUCAAGUCAUCAGCCCACAGAGUGGCAGUAGUGGCACAGACCUAACAGGUGACAAAGCAGGGACAUCUGCACAGGAGCCUGGCAGCCAGACACCCUUGAAGUCUAUGCUUGUCAUCAGUGGAGGAGAGGGCUACAUCGACUUCCGAAUGGGUGACGAAGGUGGAGAAUCAGAGCUUCUUGGAGAGGAUCUUCCACUUGAACCUUCUGUCACCAAAGCAGAAAGGAGUCACUUGAUCGUGUGGCAAGUGAUGUAUGGCAGUGAGUGAGCGCUGGGAGACAGGUGGAGAUGGGGCAGCCGUCUCUUCUGCAUGGUUUCUUUUCCCUUCUACCUUUUAUUUAAUGCUCUUUUUGUGAAAUCAGUUUCACACAUCAUGUGUGGGCAUUUUUUCUUGUUAACUUUAUAUUACAAAAUCUGUUCUGCCAUAACAAUACAGAGGAACUAGCUGUUUUACUGCACCAGUGUUAUAGGCAAUUUCAGUAUAUUAUGAACAAAUCAAAGAAUGUUUCCUUUCUGCAACCUGGUGAAUUAUGGAAAGCAAUCCAGAUGUGGUCUACUCUGCCACAGUCUAAUGUCACUCACUUGAUUUGAUGACGGGGUCACUUGUUAGCUGACACUAAUAAUGGAAUUAACGGAAAACACUUGAUAAAUGAAACUGUACCGUGAAGUACAAUUGCAAAGUUUCCCCCAGUGUAUUAUAAAAUUGACACAAACUAAUAUCAGGUGGAUUAUCAGGAUUUAUCUAAAUGUCCCGAGAGGGCUAAAAGCUAACUGUAAAUUACUUUAAUUUUCACUUUCAAAUCUGACAAAUCUUGUUUAUAUGGUAUAUAAAACUUUGUUUUCAUCAGAUUUUGGGGGGGUUUUAUAUUAAAGAAAUUAAGACUACACUAUUUAAAUAAACAUUUCCUGUUUCUGACUUAGAGCUCUAAAGUUUAUGAGGCCUGCUUCUCUGAAUAUUCUGAUUUUUUUUUUUAGAUGAGUCUUUCAUUUUCAUACUGACAUGUCUGAAAGGGUUGUUAUUUAUAAAGCUUCAAAGAUGCUUCAGCACUGGGAGGAUUUUUUAAAAGGAAAUUGUGUUUUGUAUUUCUUGUACCAGAGGAUGGUGAAGGUUGAUUUUUUUCCAUGUAAAAAACUCACCUGUUUGCCAAAUGUUCCUGGACUGCUCUGACCUAUUAAUAAGAGCAAAGCUUGUAGUAGUGAUGGAGUCUGGCUUAACAGAAGGAGGGAUUUAAUUAUAAAAUUGUUGUUGUUGUUGUUCUGUAUAAACUACAGAGCAGCUAUAUACUUGGUAUUUUGUGUAUAAAUAACACAUUUAAGCUUUUGUGCCCUUUUGAGCUUAAAAUGCCAUGUUCAAAAGGGAAAACUAUGAAGGGGAAAAAGACAAAGCGAAGAUACCAUAAAGUAAAGGUUGACUUAUGUCUUUCCACUGACAAUGACCAUUUGAAAAAAACAGAUCAGAGUCUGGAUUUAGCUGCUUUUCUUGUUUAAUACAUUUUUUUAAAACCAUGACGCUGCAGUAUUUUCUUCCCUCUCCAGCUUCUUGAAAAUGUGAGAUUUACCCUUUCUUGCCCAUUUCGCUAAGCAAAGGUAAAUAUAAUUUUAUGUACUGUUUUAAAAAUAUAAAUCUAUAGGACAAAAGCCCCCCCAUCAUCAGAACAACUUUUAAGAAAAGAAAGCAAAUACAUGUCUCAAAGUGUCUAAGCAUUCCUAAGUACCAUGGAUUUUUUUCCUGAACUAUUAUGCAAAGAUGCCUGUGAAAAGUACACCGGUGACUUUUAUGCGCAUGCAUGACAAGGCCAGGUUAUAAAGUGCACCGGGUUAAUGAGGUGGAGGAAGCCUUUGGACCCAUUUGGUCACGCGUGUCUGUAAGCACAUUGUGUGCACAAUAGCAUCGUGGCCACAGUUUGUGUUAAAAGAAAAAACUUUCAGUAAAAACUGUAUUAAAAGAAUAACUUUCUACCUGAGCAGCAUAGUCACUUUUCUUAAGGGCACCAAAACUUAGGCUACUUUAACAUAGCUUGUUUGCUAUAUUUUUAUUUUACUCUAAAUCGGAGCCAUUUUUGGCAAAACCUUUAAAAAGCAUUAGGAAACAUUUAUUGGAAAUAUAUAAAUUCACGAGAGACACCAAAGUGCUUGGGAGUUGUCAUCUCAAGAAGCAAACAUCCCAGAGUCAGCCCCCACUUGCUGUUGUCAGCUAUGUUUGUGUGACUGAUUGUGACUUAGGAAAUCAGGAAUUAAAGUUGCAACAUGCAAACAUGUACAAUGGUUGUAAUUGCUCCUUCUGAAUUUACUGGCUUUAACUUAAGGAAUCUAGAUGUGUAGUUUUUCUAUCUAAAGAUGUCAGAUUAUCUGUGGCCCUGUUAAUUAACUUCAGGGAUGAGAGAACAUAAAUGCUCGUGCAACUUUGUUUUAAAGGCUUGACCUUAUGCUUGUAAUUUCAGUUAAACAUUUUCUACAGAUUACUUCACUUUCCCUUCUUGUAAUGUUCAUUUUGGUCAAAGUGGUAACUUUGGGAAAAAAAUGCCAAAGUGUAAGUUUCUCGCAAGCAGCAAAGGAGCGGAAGCUGCCUGUCGCGACCACGCCAGGGGCAGAGAAGAGGCUUGAGUACCUUGGGCUGAUCUUUCCACGUAAAACAAUGAACCCCCAUUGGAAGGAAUAAAGGGUACCUGAGACUUUUCAUUUGCUACACUCAGGUUAUAUAUGAAGUUGAACAUGAAGUUGCCAGUGUUCAACUUGCUGGUCUACAGAGGGACAAUAUCAUAGUGCCUCAACCAAACAAUGUUAGAUGCAGGUUAAAGUCUCUGUGAGGCAAGGGGAGAAGAUGCUCCAGGAGAUCUAAUUUUUAAAAAUAGGAAUGACUCUCUUAAUAGCUGCAGCUUGUUGGGAGCAUAAAAACAUUUUGAGCACAAAAUAUGCAGCGCAUAACUUUUCAGAUUGCGUUUGCAUAGAAAAAGUUAAAAAACAUUCUCUCAGUUGUAAAGGUCUUCCUACAUUUGAGACUAAACCCUUUAACAUAGGCUGCCUUAGUAACAAUAAAGCAAGACGAGACGCCUCAGAAUAUUAACUGUCCUUAAGAACAUGUGUCUUGCAAAUGUCAUGGAGCUGAAUAUUUAUUUCCUUGUGAGUAUUAUGACGGUUACCAAAGGACUCAACCAGGUGGAGGGCUCUUCUUAGUUGAUCAUGAUGAGAAAGGGCCUCGUUUGGUCCCACUUUGUAACAUGGGAAGAGCAGGAGAGGAAACUAAAUGUGGAAAUUGUAAAUGCUUUUCUAACAGGGUUAUGCUCUUCUGUAACACUAACUGUCUUUCUUUUCUCUUGAAAAAUUACAUUUUAUUAUUAAUUUUGUCAUAUAUUUCUCAAUAUUUGAAUAUAUUUUAACCAUUUUAUGUUCUAAAUUUGUCUUUUGUCCAAGACAUUUUAUCAAAAUUUUACUUGCCUCUAUAAUCUGAAAAAUGGGUUCUAGAAUGUUCCACUUGCUGUCUCUUAGAGGCUGAGGCUUCAUUUCUAUGAGCAGAAAGCUCAUUUAGCAAUGUAGUUAUUUCAGUAUUUAUUUCUAUUAUGGAAUCCCUGGGGUUCGGAAUGUAACUUUGUACAUGAGAUAUAUAUAAAUAUGUAUAUGAAACAUGU